CGCAUGCGCAGCAGGUCACCGAAAGAAUCGCUGUUCGAAGGAGAGAACGAGGGAACAGCGCGAUCGACUGCGCGACACGCGAUGAGAUAUAUUAUAAUGAUCUGUAACCCAUAAAGAUAUGGAACUUUGACAGGUCAAGAUACCCGGACGCACCCCAACGAUUUGAGAUGACACUUCUUCAUCCUACGUUUAUAGAUAAGUGGACUUUUUAUUGAAAAUGUGAGUCACCAGUUCUUCUUGAGAUGUCUCGGAAGCAUCGGUCUGAUAAGUCUAGUAUUAAUAAAGACCUCAGACCCAAGAGAAGAGAUCAGAUAUGACUGAUGAGCUAAACAGGUUGUCAUCUGACCGGGAAGAGACGGAUCGGGAUGCAUCUAUGCCCACCGGAGCAAACACCGACACUGCCAUGAUGGAACCACUGGAGGAUGACUCGCCAUGCGAGGUGACGGUUGAGGUGCUUCCUGAUUGGCUGAAACCAAUGGAGGAGGACGAUGAUGCUGUCGAGAAUGAAAAGACCGUUGUGCGACGCACCAGGAAGACCAAUCCUCACAUUGUCAAAGUAAAGCGUGGCAGAGGUCGACCUCCUCUUCCCAAAAAUGUUCGUGCUCGACUCGACAAGAUUAAAGCAUUGAAGGGUAGCGGUGGUGUGCAAGCAAAGAGUGUCAAUACCCCCAAUAAAAGGAGACGAUCAAGAAGAUCCAUAACUGACCCAGGUCCGACCCAAACUCCGGAGGUUUUACCUAGAACGGCCCGCAGCCCGAUCUCCACACCGCACAGAUUCCAGCUCACUCCAUUGUCACCAGCAGCAGCCAUAACCAUCUUUUCUCCCCAACAAUUUCGUAGUCCUCCACGUCUCACGAGAGUCUCCCCGCUCAAUGUCGACGGUACACGGAUACCCUGUCACUCUCCAUCCGUACAGCUGAGCAACGUUUCCCAACAAUUAAGUCCAGCCACACCCGGGAAUAACGGCAUUCAGCUUCCCGCUCAUCUCUGGCAGUGCCCACCUCUGCAACCUCUUAGCCCUCGGGGCGCAUUCGUAGAUCAGACCGUGACAAUUGAGUCACAGGAUUUUCAAAAUGCCAUUUUCAAUGGAAAAGAAACAGAAAAGCAAGAAAUCCUGCUUCUCAUCAGAGACUGUGUUGGCUGUGGCUGCCAGUUUCCUGCUGAGAACGUCGGGGACUCGUUGUGUCGUAAAUGUAAACCGGACAAGAAGUCAUCUCCUCCAAACAUAGUAUUUAGAAAGGUGGGACAGGACAAGUGGGAAGUGGGGAAAACAAAACCUCCAAAAAAACUGAAUUCAAAUCCUAACUUCAAGAAAAAAAUGAAAAAGGAUUUUGUCCCUGAUGGUGAUGAAGAAGAUGAAGACUAUGAUGAUGAUGAUCAGUUGGAUGGAUCUAAAGGACUGACAAAACAAGAGAGGGCCAAAUAUAAGAAACGCAAUAGCAGGAUGUGCCAGCAGUGUGACGCGUGUAUGAGAGAUAAAGACUGCGGCGUGUGUGACUUCUGCAUGGACAAGCCCAAGUACGGUGGCAGUAACAAGAAAAGGCAGAAAUGCCGCCUGCGUCAGUGCCAGUUUCAGUCGAAGCUUUGCCAUCAGAUGAAGGAACUGGCAAGGAGUCCACGGAGAAAUAAAAACAUCAAGCAGAAGUUCAAGGCGCGUGGAAGACCACGAUCAAGAAAACGGAGAAACAGAAGAAACCCCUGGGAAGAUGAUGAUGAUGAUGACGACGACGAUGAUGAGGAUGAUAUCACUGAUACGGCCGAUGAGAUGGAGAAAAUGAAACGACCCAAGCCCAAAGGCACCAGAAGAAGAGCGAGGAAGAAAUGGAGUUACAGUUUUAAGGAAGAGGAAGAAGAGAUGUUUGUUGAAGCGGUGGUUGACGAUGUCGAAGCAGAUGAGAACGAGUCUGAUUCCCUAUCAUUGGUUCAGAAUGAGCCUGUGAAGAUGAUAGGGGCCAACAGUCAACAUUUAAAUGGGUUCAGUGUCAACCAGACACCUCAGUCUCAGGAAAUAUACUACACCAUGCCCGGUGUACCAGAGGCAUCUAAUAUGCUCAGCCCUGUUACUGUGAGAAACGAUCAUUCAGAACCGCCGAAUGAGCCCAGCGCCGCCGCCAGUCCUCUGCCUCCAGAGAUCAGUCAGAAUGAUAUACUGCAGAUUGAGAUGGUGAGAGUUGGGUCACCAGUGUCACAAUUCAUAAACCCCGAAAACACGACACGUCCUGAACAACACGGAGAUUCGACUGAACACACACCAGUGAUAACUCAGAUCUUCAGUCUGGCAGCCGGAACGGAGACGGACUUUGAAAGAGACGUGGGUCUGAUGGAGCUCUUCUCAUCUCUACGUCAGACGCUGCUGCCUGCCCACUGGGUGGGCGUCAUGGCCAAAGGCCCCAUUUUACAGCUCCUGCAGUGCUCCAAACUCUCCACCAUGGCCGACACGGUGGUCCAGAUCGAGAAGGGCUUCUUCUACCAGAUCAGCGUUCAGAAUCAGCCUCUCCUCCUCAUGCACUCCAUCUACGUGAAACACCCGACCUGCCUGACCUCCGUCGGUGACGUGGUGUCGCUGUUGUUGGAUCUGGAGGGAAUGAGCGUGUGUCAGGGUCAUCAGAGCUUUAACACGGGUUCACCCGGGGAGCCCAACAUGUGCGUGCGGGCCGCCCUGUGCGAUUUGCUCAUUCCUAGGGACGAGGAACAGUGUGAGAAAUGCGCUCGGCCUGCAGAGGUGUGACUGACGGUUAGAUACGCCCGAUUUAUCUUCCAAAAGAUUUUUUGGUUUUAAACAGUCUGAAAAAGCUCAAAAAGGACCUUCCACCAGUUUUAAAGCUCAUUUCUGUUAUAGUAAGAGAUGUCUAGUGCCUGAUGCAAACCUCAUACAGUAUAUAACCAACAUUCAAAAUGGUGCUUUUUAUGUGGGAAUUGGAUUUCGCUGAAAAAUAUCUACAGAGAAAUGACUCAGUAGAAAAGAUGAGCUGGUUUCUGAUGAAAUCCUAAUUUUUUGUCCAAAUAUUGAGUCUCAACAAUGGAGUAUUUCUUGUUUUUAUUUGAACUACCUCUCGAUGAUUUCACAAACUUACAUUAUCCUUGAACCGCCCUGGUGCAUAUAUUCACAGUAUUGAUUCACACAACCCAUUCAUUUCAAUCAAAAUGUUUGUGUAGUACAAUAAAAAUGCUUCUUGUUCACUGCAAGAAGUUACUUUUUUACUUAGUAUUUUUGUCUUGUUUUCAGUACAAAUAUCUAUAGAGUUUAUUGAUGAGAAAAAUGACCAAAGAAAAUAAGUCUUAAAAUAUAAAAAUAACAAAAAAUAUAAAAUAAAAUUCAAGUGAAUUUGUGCUUAAAACAAGGAGGAAAAAUGGGGUAAUUUUUCUUUGAAUUAAGUGAAAAAUUAAGAAAAAAAUAAAUGUAUUUCAAGAAUUUUUUUCUUACCUCAUUGGCAGAUUUUGUUCUUGUUUUAAGCACAAAUUCACAAAAAUGUGAAUUGUUUGUCUAAAAUAUUUUGUAACUUAUUGUUUUUUAGGUCAUUUUGCUCAUCAACAAUUCUUGAUUUAAGAUAUUUGUACUAAUAACCAGACAAAAAUACUAAAUAAGUCUUAUUAAAAGGUCUUAUUCACCAAGCAAAUUUGUUCGUAAAAUGUGUGUACGGCCUUACAAAUCAUGAUUCAACAAAAACUUUUUUCGUGAACAAGGAAAAAUAUAUAAUAUAUAACACAGAUAUAUAUUCGUUUUUUUCCUUGUUCAUGAUUAUUGCGCUCGCACUGCAAAAAAUUAUUUUCAAGAAAAAUUUUCUUAGUAUUUUUGUCUUGUUUUAAGUAAAAAUAUCUAAAACUAUUCAAUUAAGAUGUUUUUUCUUGAUGAGCAAAACGACCCAAGAAAAUAAGUAUAGUUUUUAGACCAAAAAUUUCAAAUUUUAGUGAUUUUGUGCAUAAAACAAGCCAAUGGGAAAAGCAAAUUUUUCUUGAAUUUAAUGUUUAAGAAAAAUGUUAAGAUUUUUUGCUUACCCCACUGGCAGAUUUUUUUGCUCGUUUUAUGAACAAGAUCACUUAAAUUUGCUGUUUUUUGCUAGACUUAUUUUCUUGGGACGUUUGCUCAUCAAGAAAAAUCAUCUUAAUUUAAGAAUUUUUAGAUUUUUUUAGUGAAAACAAGACAAAAAUACUAAGUAAGAAAGUAUUUUUUUAUUUUUUUUGCAGUGCAUUUAAAAUACAUUUUAGUAUGAAAGUUUUUGUUGAAUAGAUUUGUAAGUUAAAACGUCCAUACGCAUGCUUAGUGAAUGAGACCCAUUGUUUGCAGUGUACUGUAUGCGACGAUGACACUUGUUUUCCCACCGUAAAUUUGGGCACAUAGUUUCAAACCUUUCGUAGACCGUUCGACGGAGGAAAGUUAAAACCAAAAUGCUUUAACCUCCGUCUAUGAUUUUAUCUGUAUGUAAUGAUACCUUAGGCAUCUAUUUUCAUCCAAAAGCAUGAAAACCAUCUGUCUGUUUUUAGCAGGGUGCCUUUACACAUAGGAAACGUUCUCGCGAGCUGAAUGCGUUUGAAGAUCCGUUCCAGACUUUUCUCACCUGUGUUAAUGUGACUUAAUUGUGUUACUCAUGAUAAAGUACAACUACUCACAUGCCAGCAAACUGCAUUAGUUCAGAGUUCAGAGCUGUGUGCAUUUGUGUCUGUUAUAAUAAUCCCAACCUAUAGCCAGCUGUAGACAUUAAAAAUAUUAGCAACUGUAAUAAUUUAAAACAUUGAUACACUUUGUUUUAUUUUUUUAAUACGUCUUACAAAAGAUGUGAAGUAGAAUCA